GUCCCAGACCUCCAACCAAAUUUGCAGAGACGAAAGGAAGCCAUUGCUCCGAUUCAUCCGGUUCCAAAUGCCUCAAAUCACAAGGCGCACCACCAUUCUUGAUUCCCUUGGCGAAGAAAUCGUCAGAAUCAUCAUCCCAGUAUCCAUCUGCAUGUUCUUUGUCGUUCUUCUUGUAUCUGUACUCAACACUGACCCAGAUCCCUCUCCGCCGCCGCUCACCACCAUAGCCACCGCCGCGUACUCCGAGAGCAGCUCAGACACGGCGUGGGACAAGCUGAAAGGUGCCCUUUUGAAUGCCCUCAUUUUCAUAGCUGUAGUCACUGUCGUGACCUUCAUUCUCCUCUUGAUGUUCUAUUACAGAUUAACCAGUUUCUUGAAAUACUACAUGGGUUUCUCCUCUUUUCUUGUUUUGGCGAUCACGGGCGGUGAAAUCUCACUCUUCUUGAUCAAAGAUCUCAGCUUUCCCAUCGAUUUCGUGACAUUUUCCUUAGUUCUGUAUAAUUUCACUGUGGUUGGUGUCCUGGCUGUGUUCAUGUCAAAAAUGGCAAUUCUUGUUACACAAGGGUACUUGGUUAUCAUUGGAAUGCUUGUUGCCUAUUGGUUUACACUGUUGCCCGAAUGGACGACGUGGGUGCUUCUCAUUGCAAUGGCAUUGUAUGAUCUUGCUGCUGUUUUGUUACCUGUUGGGCCUCUGAGGCUAUUGGUUGAGCUUGCAAUCUCAAGAGAUGAAGACAUCCCUGCUCUGGUUUAUGAGGCCAGGCCUGUCCUCAAUCCCCAUUCCAUCCCUAGGGGAACUGUCCUACAAAGGAGGGUAUGGAGAGAAAGACUUGCAACCGAAUUGAACCCAAACUCCGAUUCUACAUUGGGUUCAUCUCCAAUCAACAGGAACAAUGAGAAUGAGACGAUAACAAUCGCGAGAGACGAUUCUGAACUUGCUGUGCCUUUAAUUCAGCACAUAGUAGAUGCUGACUUGAACUCACAGGAAGGGCCUUGUGAUGGCUUGGCACCUGAAGGAGUCGGGUUAGGCUCGUCCGGUGCAAUUAAAUUGGGAUUGGGAGAUUUCAUUUUCUACAGCGUAUUAGUUGGGAGAGCUGCCAUGUAUGACUUCAUGACCGUAUACGCUUGUUACCUCGCAAUCAUUGCCGGUCUUGUGAUUACUCUCAUGCUUCUUGCUUUCUAUCAGAAAGCUUUGCCAGCUCUGCCUGUUUCUGUCAUGCUAGGUGUGGUUUUUUAUUUCUCAACUCGGUUUUUGCUUGAGGCUUUUGUUGUACACUGUUCUAUGAACUUGUUAAUGUUUUAAAAAUGUAUUCUUUUUUACCAUACUUUGUUGAAUGAAUCUAUUUACACCCU